AUGAUCCCCAACCUCGGGUCCCCCCCCCACUCCGACCUACCCCCUCUCCCCCACCCCUCCCGGCCUUCCGAUCCGUCGGCGGAGACUCCCCAAGUUCCCACCCUCCCCCCCCCCCCCCCACCCCCGAAGCUGCGGAACUCCGCCGGCUGCGGCGACCCCGCUCCGGCAACCCCCGAGGAGGAGGCGCCGCCGCCGCGGGGGUUGCUCCUGUGCCCGGGGAAGCGGGGGGGGGGAGGAGGUCUCCCCGAAGACUGGCGGCACACGUGCCCGGAGCGGCCUCAGGCGACUCCCUCGGCGGUGACCCCGGCCGUGCCCUCUGCGCUGAGGCGGCUCCGGGCUGGCCGGACGACCCCGCUUCUUUCCUUCCUUCCUUCCCUCGGGGGGUCUCCGGGGCCACGUUGCCCCUUCUUCCCCGCAGAGGAACCCCGGCCGCCCCUUCUGCCCUUCUUCCACAUGGCCGCUCGCUCGCUCCCUCACUCGCUCGCUUCGCCCGGCCUCGCCCGCCGCCGCCGCCGCCUCAUCGCCUCACACUCACUCUCGGGUCCCGGCCGGGGCCGGGCGCGCCCCUCAGCCGCCGCCGCCGCCGCCGCCUCGUCCUCCAUGAAGCCGCCGCCUCACGAGCCCGCCAUCCUCCUCCUCCUCCUCCUCACGGCCGCCGCCGCCGCCUGUGGGAAGGGGGGAGUGUGCGCGCGGCCGGCACAGCGGCUGCGAUCCGGCUCUUCCCGGCCCUCCCUCCGCGCGGCCGCUCGGAAAGAAAAAAAAAAAAGUGUGGGGGGGGGGGAGUGGAGGCGCCCGGGGCAGCAGCAGAAGCAGCAGCAACAACCCGGCUCGGCGGGAAGGAAGACGCGGAGGCUGGAACGCGAGGGGAAAAAAAAAAAAAAAAAGCCCGGGCGGGAGAAGCGCGCGCGCGCCCAAGGAAAACGCGGAGCUUGGAGCGGAGCCGCGGCGCGGAUCGGGAAGGCGGCGGCGGUGGCGGCUGCAGCAGCAGCAGCAGCGGCGGCGGCGACGACGUCGGUGUGCGGUUCUAAGCCCAACAAGACAGACACAAACUUCAGAGGAGAAUUAGAACUGCAGAAAAAACCAUGGCUACCAACCUGCCUUCCAUUGAGGACCCCUAUACUGCACGAGUCAUAAAGGGGGCUGUGAAAAUAUUAACAGACCCCUCACAUCCUGGACAUAAACUGUUUCAACUCCUAUCCUCAAAACGACGCUAUAGAGCACUGCACACCGAAACAACUAGACACAAGAACAGUUUCUUCCUGAAUGCCAUCGCUCUGCUAAACAAAUAAUUCCAUCAACACUGUCAAACUAUUUACUAAAUCUGCACUACUGUUAAUCUUCUCAUCGUUCCCAUCACCCAUCUUCUUCCACUUAUGACUGUAACUUUGCUGCUUGUAUCCUUACGGUUUAUAUUGAUAUUGUUUCCCGAUUGCUUAUUUGUACCCUAUGACUAUCAUUAAGUGUUGUACCUUAUGAUCUUUGAUGAAUUAAGUGUUGUACCUUAUGAUCUUUGAUGAAUGUAUCUUUUCUUUUAUGUACACUGAGAGCAUAUGCACCGAAGACAAAUUUCUUGUGUGUCCAAUCACACUUGGCCAAUAAAGAAUUCUGUUCUGUUCUG